AUGAAUAUUUAGUAAUAGUCAAUAAAAAAAAAUGAAUAAAAUUCUGAAAAAAUUUAGAAUGAAACCUUCUAAUAUAGACUACAUAAAUACUAUUCAGUCUAAUAAAAUAAGUGGUGCAAGACUCUUGCAUUUAAUUAAAAUAGCACAAUCUUAGCGAUUGGUUGUAAUGAAAUUAUAAAAUUAUAUGAAUUUAAACAAGGUGAUCUUAAAUUAUUUAAGAGCAUUUUGGGACACAAUUUUGACGUAAAUUGUUUGAAAUGGAUUAAUCAUAAAAAUCAACUUAUAUCGGCUGGACAUGAGGGGAAAAUUUUAUUUUGGCCAAUAAGUUCCACAUGUCAUUAAAAAUUUAUUAUGAAAUUAGUUAUUCACUUUGUACCUAUAACCUGCUUAAUUAUGGACAUUCAAGAAAAUUUUCUAAUAACAGGUAGUACAUGA